UUUGUUUGUUUCAUUCUUGUCAAAUUGAAUCGUUAAGUUAGAAUAAAUUGGGGAAUUUUAUUAAUUAAGCAUUGAAAUGGGUCGUAGAAAAUCUAAAAGGAAGCCGGCUCCUAAGAGAAAAGCAAUCGAACCUUUAGAUACUCAAUUUAAUUGUCCAUUUUGUAACCACGAAAAAAGUUGUGAUGUAAAAAUGGAUAAAGGGAGAAGUACUGCUAAAAUAACAUGCCGAGUGUGUUUUGAAGAUUUCCAGACGACUAUAAACUUUUUGUCUGAACCUGUUGAUGUAUACAAUGACUGGAUAGAUGCAUGUGAGCAAGCUAAUUAAGUUUUCCCUUUACAUAUACACUGUACAUAUUAUAGCUUAUUAAAUUUUGUGUACAUAGGCAAGAGAAAUUUAAUGCCCAUUUUAUUCACUGAGAUAUGUUUAUGUUCUAAAAUUAUGCUAUUAGGAAUAUUACUAGUUAGUCCACUCAACCUGUACUGAUUUUAUAUUAUGCAAAAUAUUAACAUUUUUACAUAGGUAUAUAGAUUUGUCCAAAAACUUUUUAGUAAGUUUUUUACCUGUUUUUUUUUUCUAUAAAUUUUUUAAAUAAAGUAGAUAUCACACU